UCGGAGGGACAUCGGCCGUUUCAAAUCUCGACCUUCGUCUGCGCACACAUCUGUACCGGAAGCGGGUACCGCAUGUACAUGGCUUAAGAGCAAUAAGGGAACCGGCGGGACUCGCGAGCCGCCAGAAGAGAAUGGGGCGAGACAGUCGCGCUAAGACCAAGAGCCGCGGCGGUUCACAAAGCCGCGAAUUCGAAUGAAACUGUUGCCAUUCACGUGACAGACGCGCAAUCAGUCGAUCUAUCUUCUUCCGUUUUUUUAUCAUUCAAUCGUACCAAUAGGUUUGCUGUGCCUUAUUAGUGUCUCGUGUUCGAUCUAUUGAUUUAUUGAUCUUACAAAAUUAAUUGUCAAUAGAUAAUUCCGUGAAACAUUCUGUAUUUCAAGUUAGAACUAUGCAUUCUUAUCGUUAUUCGACGAACAGUUUAAUUGCAAUAUGAACUGAUAAAACGUGUAAAACGGAAAAUAAUAGUGGAGUUGUAGCAGAGUGUAUUUUAGUUGACUCGUGACAAAUGCUUGUAGUAUGACGUCAAAUGCGAUUAGAGGUAUCAGAAGAAAGAAAAGUUCGCUUUGCGAAGUUAAAGUAGCAGUGAUAGGAGCUCCAGGAGUCGGCAAAAGCGCAUUGACAGUGAGAUUUCUGACAAGGAGAUACAUCGGAGAAUACGAUCAUCAAUCAGAAACCAGAUACAAACAUGAGGUACUAGUCGAUGGGGAACCAAUUCUUUUUGAAAUUUUAGAUACGUGUCCAAAGAGUGAAGAUGAACCAUCGAUGGAAACUUUACAGUGGGCGGAUGGCUUGUUGCUAGUCUAUUCAAUAACCGACAGAAAC